UUGAUAAUAAAGAUAGCAGUACCUGUAUGGAGAGCAGAGAAAUCAGCCCAAAAUAAAGAGGGAGGAGUGGCUUUACCACCUUGAUCAAGCACAAGAUCCUCAGUUGUUUAUGUCCUGGAUUUGGAACUUAACAUCCGAUUGUUGAAUGAGUGGCAAGGGGUGAUGCAAUCAUCUAUGACCACUUCCUAUUGACAUCAGGGUGUCGUUGAGGACCCAAAAUGCUGGAACGUUGACCAAAUCCAGGAAGAGCAGGCUGUUUUAUUCACUGUCCAGGCACCACUGAAUUUGUAGUGCUGGGAGCAAUGGCUGUGGACCGUUAUGUGGCAGUCUGCAACCCUUUGAGGUAUAGUGUCAUCAUGAACAGUCGUACUUGCAUCUGGGUGGUGAUUGUGUCCUGGGUGUUUGGCUUCCUUUCGGAAAUCUGGCCAGUUUAUGCCACAUUCCAAUUUACUUUCUGCAAAUCAAAUCUCUUAGAUCAUUUUUACUGUGACCGAGGUCAGUUGCUCAAACUGUCUUGUAAUGACACCUUUCUCACAGAGUUCAUUCUUUUCUUAAUGGCUGUUUUCAUUAUUAUUGGAUCCUUGAUCCCCACAAUGGUCUCCUACACCUACAUCAUCUCCACCAUCCUCAAGAUCCCCUCAGCCUCUGGCCGCAGGAAAGCCUUCUCCACCUGUGCCUCCCACUUCACCUUUGUUGUCGUUGGCUAUGGCAGCUGCUUGUUCCUCUAUGUGAAACCCAAGCAAACACAGGCGGCCGAGUACAACAGGGUGGCUUCGUUACUGGUUUCUGUGGUAACCCCUUUCCUGAACCCAUUCAUCUUCACUCUUCGGAAUGACAAAGUCAAAGAGGCCCUUAGAGACGGAGUGAAGCGUUGCUGUCUGCUCUUCAGGGAUUAGCUCUUCUCUUUAUCACUCUUCGGUGGCAUAACCUAGAAAAUCUCAGCUUCUCUGUUCCAUUAAAGUUGCUGUCCAAUCUGAAUCCUGUGCACAAAUUGCAGUCAUGCCAUGGAAGAUCUACUUCCGAACCCCCUCCAAAGGCACACCAAUCAGAUGAAUCUCUUUUUAUGCUACCAAGGACUUUGCAGACUUUGUGUCUGCCCUCUUUGUACUGUUGAGCACAAGGAUGAAAUGUUCUUGAAGACACUGGAGGGGCUAGGGAAAGGCAACAGUGUUUCUUAAGCAUCCUAUUAGACCAGUUACUCAGGAUCUGACUCUGAAGAUGUAUUUCCUAGAGGAGAGAGGAGAAGAGAGAUGGAAUGAGAGAGGUGUCAUCAACAGAGGACAAAGAUAAGCAUGAGCACCCUGGUUCUUCAUCAACUUUGUUAAGUCAUUCUCUAUAUUUUAUUGCAAUUACUUGACAAGAUGUCUAUCUACAUUUUGAAUGUCUUUGGCUUCUCUUUUUAUUUUUAAUCAUAUUAUGAUUGUCCUGGCUCAAUUGGUAUAUAAUUAAGAAUGUAGCAUUGUUUGUAUAUUGGCACAGAAACAAUACAGAAUGGUAAUGGGGCACAUGGCAAACUUUUCCUCUGAUAAAUCUUGGUAGUGUCCAGAAGGAAAUAUUUGAGUACAGGAAUAGGAAAUAUUUCUUUUCUUAAAC